UUUGUCUGAUGAUUAGAUUCGAAUAAUUUUUUUGUUAUCGAAUCCAUUUUAUUGUUUGUUUUUUUGUUUGUUUGUUUUUCAUCAUGUUUUUCGUUCCAGAUAUUUUGGUCCGAAAAGGUCCAUUAUCAAUUGUAUGGUUAGCAGCUCAUUAUGAUAAAAAAUUAACCAAAUUUCAGGUUAUGUCAUCAAAUAUUGAUGAUUUAAUCAAUAUAAUAACAUCAUCGAAUAUAAAAAUUUCUUUACGAAUUACUUGUGAUCUUAUGAUUGGUUUAUCUAAAUUAAUUAAAAUCAAAAGUAAAUUUCUUUACAAUGAAUCUAAUCGUCGUACAACGGCCAUACAUAUUAUGGCCGGUCAAAUUAAUGGUCGUACUAAAUCAAAAUCACGAACUAAGGUUAUCGAUCUGCCAGAUGAUCGAUUUUCAGUUGAUUUAAAUCUACCUGAAAUAUAUGAAUUUAUUGACAUGAAUCUACCAGAUCCAUCAACAGUGUUUCCAAAAUCAUUUACCGAUCUAGAUCGUAGCGUAUCGAGAGGUAUGAUUACUAUGCAGGAAAUACCGCCAUUGACUGAAGAUGAGCUUCGUAUGGAACAAGAAAUUCAUGAUCGACUUUAUGGCGAUGUUGAUUCGGUUGAUUUUAAUGAAUUUUUUGAUGAUGUUUUACCGUUACCACGUCCUCAGCCACAAUCACCACCUAUUAGUGUUGCUCAAUCAUUGUCUCCGGAACUGAUGCCACCACCAUCUACACCUCCAAUAGAAGCUACUUCUACAUCGAUGGUUGAUGUUCAACGAAUGGAUGAUGAUGAUGAUCAUCCAAUAAUGACCGAAAUAAAUACACCACCAUUACCAUUUUUUCAGACAAGUCCUACAGAAGCUGAAAAACAAAGUAACAAAAAACGUACUACAUCGGAACAGGAUUUUACUUCAACCAUUGAAAAACGACGUCGUACUGAUACCAAUACUACCGUUUAUGAUAAUCUUCUUGGUAGUUUAGAAUUACCUGUUUUAGAUGAAUCAUCUAGACGUAUCCAGCCACCACCACGACGACGACGACAAAUUCGAAAUGGGCAUCAUUCUCGUCUUAUCAUUGAUUAUAAUAUUCGAAUUUCUGAUAAUGUUAUUCGAAAAAAUAUGCUUGAAUCAUAUAAUUGGUCAAAUACAUUGCCAAAUAUUUUUGUUCCAAAAAAGAAAUUAUUUGAUACUUGUGCUGAUCUAUUUGAUCGACCUAAACGAUUAUUGGCUAAAGGUUUUCAAUUUUAUUUUCAAAAUGCUCGUCACAAUUCACAACCAGAACCAGAAAUUCAAACAACAACAACAACAACAAUAGAAAGAAUCGAUGCUGACACAAUCGAAAUGUCACCACAUUUAGGUGAAGAUUUUUUUCAAGAAACAUUACCAUCACCUUUUUUACAGCCAUCGACACCACCACAACCAUUUGAUGAAUUAACAGCACAAUCACCAAUUCAUGAUAAUCUUCCAACAAUUGAUUAUGAUCAUGAUGAAAUUCCAAUGGCUAGAGGUGAACAUAUUAUUGAUGGUCAAGAUGGUACAAUACCACAGCCAAGUAUUCCAGAAUUUUCCAUUACUGAUCGUACAAUUAUUGAUGAAAAAUUUAACGAAACAUUGGAUGAUUUGUUUGCAAUAUCUGCCGAUCAUUUACAAUUUGAACAACUAAACUUCUAUGAUAAUCGUAAACGUACAGUUCUUUUGUAUUUUUUCAAUCUAUUAGUAAUGAAAAAUAAUGAACAAAUUGAUCUGGAACAAGAAUCAUCGAUCGAACGAUUUAAUCCUAUCUACAUUCACCGUGUUAAUAGAUCUGAAGCUAUUAUUUAA